AGGAACAGCCCUUUAUCUUCUCCUGUACCCUAAUGAGUCAGCAAAAUAAUGUUCAAACAAGUUGAUUUAGACUGCCUGAGGAUCAACACAAAAUGAAUAAUUGACUUUUCACAAUAAGCCAAGUGUGUAACCUGAUAGUCUGGUUUGGAUAAUUCAAACACAAAAACAGGGGCUGGAAUGAGGGAAUGCUGCAUAAUAAUGAUGAGAAGACCUUUAAAAAGCAAUAAUUUUCCUUAAGAUAAAACUCAUCACUGCACAGUCAGAAUCUCACCUUGAUACCUGGAACCUGGUGAAAAGAUGCAGCGAGUUGCUCCUAGCUUUAAGCUUCGAUUAUAUUACCUGCUGGCGCGUUUACAAUACUUUGUACAGACUAAACCAGCCCAAAUCUCACAUCUUUUCCAACUCACUGACAAAUGUAGAUGACAUCAAAUUUUUGCGGUGGAGCAGCCACCUGACUUCUACAGAAAGAAAGCCCCUUAACUUCCUUAUUGCGAUCACUGUUUUCCAGCUAUGAAUCAGUUAAUCACAGUCUUAAUCCUGGCCUGUGCGCUGAAUACAGUCAACUCAGUUAAAAUUUCUGCUUUCAACAUUAAAACCUUUGGAGACAGCAAAAUGUUGAAUGCCACCAUUGCUAACAUCAUUGUUAAUCUUGUUCGAAGGUACGAUAUUAUUCUAAUACAAGAAGUCCGUGAUGCUGACUUGAGUGCUGUCAGGACCUUAAUGAACAAACUCAAUAGUUCCUCUAAACAAACCUACUCGUACACUGUCAGUGAUCCACUCGGACACAGUACCUAUAAAGAAAGAUAUCUCUUUGUGUACAGAAACUCCGUAGUGUCUGUAGUCAACAGUUAUCUCUACAACGAUGGUUCUGAGACAACUGGUCAUGUCAUUUUCAGUCGGGAACCAUUUCUUGUGAAAUUUUCUUCACGCUAUUCAGACAUUCCUGACUUCAUUAUCAUGCCACAGCACACAUCACCUUCAUCAGCAGUAAAGGAAAUAGAUGCCCUGUAUGAUGUCUUUCUUGAUGCCAGGAUAAGGUUGGGAACUGACAACAUGCUGAUCAUGGGUGAUCUAAAUGCAGAUUGUUCUUAUGUUAAACCAACUGACUGGGCUCAUAUUCGCCUACGCAAGAACAGCCAGUUCCAAUGGCUUAUUCCGGAUUCUGCAGACACUACUUGCGCCAUCACAACAAACUGUGCUUAUGACAGAAUCAUAGCUGUUGGCUCAGAAAUGAAAAACGCUGUAAUUGAUGGAUCAGCUGGUGUUUAUAAUUUCACUAAAGUUUUCAGUCUCAGCAUUAAAAUGACACUCUCAGUCAGUGACCAUUAUCCAGUGGAAGUAAGUCUUGGUACCGCAUAAAGAGGCAAUUAACACGACUGAAGCAAUGUCAACUUAAGUUAGCACGAUGCUUUCUAACAAUUACAUCGUCAAAAUAUGUAUCUCAAUUUAAACUAGUGAUUCCUGUCUAAUUUACAAUUAAGUCAUAAUUAUUUAAAAUGGUGUUGCCAUUUUUAUAACUUCUACCAUCAAUUAUUUGAAUUAGGUGACGUUGUUAUUUUCUAUCCAUGCCUCUAUCACUUUUUAGAUCAUUUUCUCCCCCUAGGAAUCUUCAAAAAUUUUAAGUAACAUCAGUUGGAAUUGUGUGAUCUACAUCUUUAUUAUAUCCAAUUGUCCAAAUACACUACCGGGAAAUAGACUUUUUAAAAAACAUAUUUAAUCAGUUAGAUUUUAGUGAUGUAAUUUUUAUUUUUCAUUGUUUUCCAUUAAAAUCAUAAACUAAUAAUUAACAAUGUACCCUCACUGAAUU